CAGACGAGUAGGUCAUGAGGCGGAUGAAGCGUUAAGACAGACAGGCAAUGUCAUGGGGAGAUGAGGUUAGGCUGAUCAAGUCUCAGUGCGCCCCCGACGUGACAGGUGCAAGUACAAGAAUACCGUCUAUGCCUACUCCUCCAAGCACAUGAUCAACAAAUUCCAUUGGUCAGCCAUUCUUCAAAGUAAGGAGUCCUUGCAUCUAUUGGUUCAGUAUACACACCAACAUGCCCAAAUUUGAUAUGGUGGACGAUUCUGGUUCAGGCAAGUACCAUUCUAACAGAAAACGCAACUUAAUCCUCGGUGGACUAUGUGCUGUUUUGGUCGGAUUGUGUGUUGGUAUUCUCAUUGGUCGUUACGGAAUAUGUCCUGGCCAAUCAGAACCCGAGUCUACACCUGAGAAAGAUGGAGUCUUCCUGCCCGGUAUCCCAGAAACAAUCAUCAAAGAUGGCGACCCGGAAAUUGGCAAACAACUUAUAGAUGCAGUGGAUAAUACGAAAAUUGAGGAAUACCUCAGACUUCUCACUCUCAAGCCACACGUCGCAGGGUCUCAAAAUAACCUUGACCUUGGUAACUGGAUCAAGGAUAAAUGGAUGGAGUGGGGGUUUGAUGACGUCAAGCUGACGCCGUAUGACGUCCUUCUGUCCUUCCCCGACGCCAACAACCCCAACGUGGUGCGCGUCCUGAACGAAACCGGGGGGAUAGUGUACGAGUCUCCUUUGAAGGAAGCUAACCUGACUGGCGAGGAUGACCCUGAUGCGCUGCCGCCGUACAACGCUUACUCCCCUGCAGGCUUAGUGGAGGGUGACAUGGUGUAUGUAAAUUACGGGCGAGUGGAGGACUAUGAUUGGCUGGAGAAGAACGCCAGCAUGAACGUCACGGGGAAGAUCGUAAUCGUCAGAUACGGGAAGAUCUUCAGGGGAAGUAAGGUUCAGAUAGCUGCGGACCACGGCGCGACUGGUGUCAUCAUCUUCUCAGACCCAGCUGACUACACGUGGAAGGGCGACCCACGUGUCUACCCGGAAACAUGGUGGCUGCCAGGGUCAGGGUCACAAAGGGGGUCAGUCUUCACUGGAAAUGGCGACCCGCUAACACCAGGAUAUCCAGCAAUCAAAACUGCAUAUCGGUAUCCUGAGAAUGCUUCUGAAGUUGGACUUCCUGAAAUACCAGCUCAUCCUAUCGGAUAUGACAUUGCCGAAAAAAUACUCAGAGAGAUUGGCGGAGAGGAGGCCCCGCCUGACUGGAGAGGGGGUCUGAACAUCACCUAUAGACUGGGGCCAGCUCUGGAAAAGACAGGGUGGAAAAUCCAAAUGAACAUUUCAACAAGAAAUCAAAUAAAGACUGCAUACAACGUGAUCGGCGUUAUACGAGGGCAAAUCGAACCCGAUCGUUAUGUAUUGAUGGGGAACCACAGAGACGCCUGGGUGUACGGGGCUAUUGACCCGUCCAGUGGAACAGCAGUCAUGAUGGAGACAGCCAGGGUCACCGGGCAGUUGGUCAAGAGUGGCAAGUGGCGCCCCCGUCGGUCCAUCAUGUUCUGCAGCUGGGGAGCAGAGGAAUACGGACUUCUGGGGUCCAAUGAAUGGGUGGAGCAAUACCGGAAAAACCUAAGGGAAAGAGCGGUCGCCUAUGUCAACGUAGACAUUUCAAUGCAAGGGAACGACACGAUCCGUGCCCUGGGAACGCCGCUCCUGUAUCGUGCUACGUAUGAGGCGGCAAAGAAGGUCCCAAACCCUAACCCUGCUGAGAGGGCAGCUGGGAGGACGACGGCCUACGACACCUGGCUGCACACCUACCCCUGGAAGGAUGAAGACGGCAACUCCAGGAACAUACCUCUGAUAGCCUCUCCCGGCUCCGGCAGCGACUACGCCCCACUGCUACACAAGGCGGGCGUGACGGCUGUAGACUUCAGAUACACCUACAACGCUAACAAAUACAAGGUGGCGUCAUAUCCGCUCUACCAUUCUGUGUACGAGACGUUCUAUGCAGUCAAAAACAUUAUUGACAAGGAAUUUGAAUAUCAUCGCGCUAUCUCCCGGAUGGCUGCAGAGCUUGUACGUUCUCUGGCCGACUCCCUCAUAAUCCCCUUCAACGUCAGCGACUACAGCUGGGCCCUCGACACCUACAGGAAAGCCCUCGAUAAGAACUACGGCGACACGCUGAAAACGAAACUUCCUAAUUAUGAUGAUCUUCGGGAGGUCAUCGCGAACUUCAGUACGGAGGUGGAGGCCUUCAACGACAGAGUGGCCAAGAUGAACAGGAAUGAUCCUAUGGCUAUCCGGGCUGUGAAUGACCAACUGACGCUACUCGAGAAGGCGUUCCUGGACAAUGAGGGUCUGCCCGAUAGAUCACAGAAAAAGCACCUCCUUCUGGCUGAGAGCAGCACAGAUUCCUACGCCGGAAGUAGUUUCCCUGGCCUGGUUGACCUGCUGUUUGAGAUAGAGAAGGCCCCGGAUGUGGAGGCACGCUGGGAACGUGUCAAGAGACAUUUCUCCGUCAUUCUGUUCACCAUCGACUCAGCAGCGUCAACACUACGGGAUGUCAUAAAAUUCAUUCCAGAAUAUUGAUAAUUAUCUUCAUAUUAUGAUAUUAAUGAAUUGCAAGCGAUUCCGUGGUAUGUGUUUGGCUUUAAUUGGACGUGGCCUAUUUUUCUCGGUUCAUGGAAACAUAAACACAAGAAAAUAUUACUUGGUUAGCCAAUCAAAUGCCACGGAAUCGGUUGCAAUUUAUUUAUUAGAAUUUAAAAUCAAAUGAACUCUUAUGUUUCACGAAUGGACAGUUGGUUGUCAAUUACUCAUGCCUACGUUAUGUUGAACAUAGAUCUAAUUAAUGUGCACUUAGAAUUGAAGGAAAUAUUUUGUCUUUGAAACUCAAGUGAAUUAUUUCAAUUAUUGUCCGAAAACAUGUGUCUCACAUCUUAGUACGAAUUGAGGACAUGUAAUAAUCGAUCUCGGCUACGGCGACAUUAGAGAACUGUGUGAAAUUAACUAUUUAAUAUUAUUUUACAAAUUGUGUAUAAUCCUUAAAAUCUUAGAAAGAAUAUGCAUAAUGUUGUGGUAUAUUAUGUUACAUGUAACGAUGCUCGUGUUAAAGUAAUUAGAUCAUCCUUUGAUGAGAAAAACUAAAAGAGAAAUAAAUACAUCAGUGUUCAAUGCUAUAUAUUUCCCAUAAUCCUUGUCAGCAUUCUCCCAAAUCGUGAUAAAAUGUUGAUAAUUUGAUACGCAGUUGUAUGAGCCUUGUGUCAGACAUGCAUUGUCAAGAUCAAGUCGCGACGGAAUUUGGCGCAUGUGCAUCAGUAGCAGAACAUUCACGUGCAUUUCGAAAAGGAAACUCUCUCAGCAUAAAUACUGAUUACAAAUUUGUGGUUUAUUUUUCGAAUAUGUUUCUUCUAAAAGUAGGAAAGUGUUUUAUGUUAGAGAAUAUACUGUUAACAGUCGGCACGUGCAAAGAAAACAUUUCAUCCCUUCGGAGCUCGGUGAUUCCUAUUUGCGAACCGACAGUUGCUCAUAUUUGCUCCUUUACAGAGUAAUAACUUAAAGGCCUUCUUUUAUAAUUCACCCACAUCCCUUAACCACACAUAUUUCACGUCUUGUUGGAAAUCCAUGCUUUGCAGUCCAACAUUCAUUUCACCUAUGUUAAAAAUCAAGUAAGAUUCUGAUUGCGAUUGUGUCCAUUGUUUACAUGACUUAUUUGUAACUAUACUUUUUUUUUUAAGCAGUAAAGUAGAAUAAUCAAAAAAUGUU